GUCGCCGCAGAUCCAACAACUCUCCGCCUCAUCGUAGUUUGUAGUAGUGCUAGCAGAAGUCAAUCCGUCCCGACGUGGCAUUCCGAGCGCCCAUCGUCGCCCGUCGAAGGACAGCAUCGGGAGCAUCUCGUUUUCGUAUCGAUAAUUCGCCGCCGCGUCGGCCCGUCCUCGCGAAUCCGCCCAACAUGCGCCCCCAGCCAAUCCUCUACGCUCUGCUCUUCGCAACCCACGUCGUCGCCCAAGGCCGCACCUCGGCCGACGACGGCGACGUAACAACUCCCACGGGAGACGGUAACACUCCGACACCCACUUCGGCCAGGCGACCCCAGACCACCGAAGAGACUUCUCCCCAGACUAGCACGGAAAGGACGCGGACGACAGAGGAGGCGUCCACUACCGAGCGCACCUCGACUACCAACGAGCGCACCAGCACCACCGAGAGAACGAGCGAGCAAACCACAGCGACCACCAGCACCACCGACGCCAGCCCGCCGUCUUCCAGCGCCUCCACCAGCGAAGAGCCGCUCCCAACCCUGCCAGGCCAUUAUAGCUACCCGCCGCCCAGCGUCCCUCCAACCCAGAAUGCUCCGUUCAUGCAGCCGUCGAACGUGCCAGAGGGCACCGUCUUUAUCGCAGUCGGUGCCAUCUUGGGCGCCUUCGGCGCCGCCGUCUUGAUAUGGCGGGCCGUGGUGGUCUGUCUGUUGCAUCGUUCGGUCAAGAAGGCAGCCAUGGCCCAGCACAUCGCCAACGACAAGGCCACAUACCUACCCCCCGCCGCGCCCUUCUACAAGUACACCGACCACGCGUCGACGGCCUCGCUCGCCAACGGCUCGGCCAGCCGGGGCGUGCGUAGAACUACGCGCGGCCCCAUCCCGUCGUCGACGCCCAGCCAGUCGAACCUGUUCUUCUCUCCCACCGCCCCGACAGCGCCUGGCGGCGGCGGCGGUAGCAACCGUGAAUCCCGCUUCCUGCCUUCGGGUUUCUAUGCCGCCGGUGCCGGAUCCCCGCAGCCGGGCCACGGCCACUCGAUCAGCCUAACGAACCUACGGCCGGACUCGCGCGGCCACGGACGGCCCCUGGGCCACACGCCGCCCGAGUCGCCGAGCCUCCGGGCCCGUCCGGACCUAGGUCAGCGGGACAUGAGCGCGAGCUCUCUGAACCUCAACCGCCCCCCGAGUGGGCGGGCGCCCAGCGCCUUCCUAGAGGAUCUGCUGGACGACCAGCAGAACCAGUUCCCGCCGUCCGGUCUCCACCAUCAGCACACGUGGAGCCAACCUCAUAACCGACAACAUUAGACGGAUAUCCGAUACAGCGACGCGGUUCUAGAGAGAGGUGUUCGUUUCUACCACGGAGUCCGGGAUAUGGGUAUACUGUUUUCU